GUACGGUAGAGCAUAUGGACACUCGGCGGAUCAAAGUAUUUCUGGGCUACCGAUACGACUAUGGAAAGACUCAGACUGGACCCAGACAGCUCCUGUACGACGAUGUGGACACCAUGUCUAAGCUGAGUCUGGUUGCAUUAGUCCGUGAAGUAUUGGUUAGAGUUCUACGCAACGAUAUGCAAGGGUACUUGAAGCUUCCCGGACGCAACUUCUUCAACCAGGCUGUCAUGGUGUGCUAUUUGAAAUUCAAUAGUGGGCUGGGCACCCAUCAGGACUCAAAGAGUCUGUUCCAGCGACCAAUCAUAUCCAUCCGCUUGCUCGCCGAUGCUGCUCUGAGCUUCAAUCGCGUCGGAAGGGAAUGUCGACGUACUCCACAGUCCUUCUCGGUGCCGCAGAGUGUUGGUACAGUGACGUUGUUGGAGAGGUUUGCGGCGGACUAUGCCACACAUUGUGUGCUGAAGAAAGACUUGAAGGUGCCGAGCCUGUCCAUUGUUUUCCGGGGUGUGCAGCAGAGUGCGGUUGAAGCGAUGAGAAGCUCGCAAGUGUAGUCCUAUGGGAAGUCAGUGAGGCUGAGGCUGUUUGUACGUGCGUGGAGGGUCCGUUUGGAUAUGGUUGUGGCGACGAGUUAGGGGUGAGGGGAGUUGGUGGGAUUAUAAUAAAGACAAUUGACUAUGAG